UUAUUGAAUGAAAUAUUUCACCUCUCUUUCCUUCUCUCUCUCUCUCUUCUCUCUUCCCUCUCUCAACAAGGAGUCUUUUGCCUUUCUUCAUUCAUUCUUGCAGAGAGAAGAAGGAGAGACGAAAAGCUUCCAUCUGGGCUACAAUCAACAAGAACAAAAAGAAAAACACCAAAUUAAAUUAAUCAAAAGGGUGUGCAAAGAUUUCUUUAUUUUUCAUCCUACAAAGGAGAAAAGAAAAAAGAAAAGUGAUUGAUUUCUCGAGAGAAUUUUGAUUGUAUGAUAUAACAUAUACCUCGACGGAGUUUCUGUUUCUUCCAUGCAAAAACAUGGCUAAAGUCAUCUUUAGCCAUCUACCUUUAUGUGGAAGAAAACUCAAAGGAAUUUGUAGGAUACGUUUGUGAUGUAAUUGGGGGAAUCGGAAUAUUUUUUUAGGGGAAAAUAUCAUUCUUGAUUCUCUCCAUUUAAUUUUAUAUUAUUAUUUUUGGUUUGUGGGAAAAAAAAAAUGGGGGGAGUAUCAGACAAUGUAAAAGGGCUGGUUUUGGCUCUCUCGUCAAGUAUUUUUAUUGGUUCAAGUUUUAUCGUGAAGAAGAAAGGCCUCAAAAAAGCAGGAUCCACUGGAACUCGAGCAGGUUCUGGAGGAUAUUCAUAUUUGCUUGAACCAUGGUGGUGGGCUGGGAUGGUGGCAAUGAUCGUGGGGGAGAUAGCCAAUUUUGCAGCCUAUGCAUUUGCUCCAGCAAUCCUUGUUACUCCUUUGGGAGCUUUAAGCAUCAUUUUCAGUGCAGUUCUAGCCCACUUCAUCUUGAAAGAAAAGUUGCAUAUUUUUGGAAUAGUUGGUUGUGCAUUGUGUUUGGUUGGCUCAACCACCAUUGUUAUUCAUGCUCCAGUUGAAAGGGAUAUUGAAUCUGUCAAAGAUGUAUGGAAUCUAGCUACAGAGCCAGGAUUCUUGGUCUAUAGUUGUAUAGUUGUGGUAGCAGUGGCCCUCCUGAUUUUCCGGUUGGCGCCACGUUAUGGACAGACACAUAUGGUUGUCUUCAUCGGGAUUUGUUCGCUUACAGGCUCUCUCACGGUUAUGGGAGUCAAAGCAGUUGCCAUUGCAUUGAAGUUGUCAUUUUCAGGAUCUAAUCAGUUUAAAUACUUCCAGACAUGGUUUUUCACUUUGGUUGUCAUAGGUUUUUGUCUUCUGCAGCUGAAUUACUUGAACAAGGCGUUGGAUACUUUUAACACUGCAGUGGUGUCUCCUGUGUACUAUGUGAUGUUUACAUCCUUUACCAUCCUUGCUAGCGUCAUAAUGUUUAAGGUAUGUAAACAAUCUUUAGCUUUGAGAGCCUAAGGAAUUGAUCUAAAUUUCACAGUUGUAACUGAGAAUACUAAUUGCAGGAGUGGGAUAGUCAAAAUGUAUCACAAAUUGUGUCUGAACUGUGUGGUUUUGUGACGAUCCUCUCGGGUACAUUCCUUUUACACAAAACCAAGGACAUGGGAGGUACAGCUACCGGUUCUAGUACAACAACGCCGUCUCCUAUAUUCCAGGCAUCGCGCCAGAAUUCGAGAUCAGUAGUGUCUGAUGUUUGAGGUUUCUUUUGGCUAAGGUUACACCAACUAACUGCUGAGAUAUGUGAUCCUGAAGCUAAAAUGGCUCAUAAAAUGAAUGAUGUAACUCUGUUUUGGGAGAAGUGGCACAAAGCUUUUACCAUAAAAGGAAAAACAGACUGACUGAUGGAUCUGAGAAUUAGAAAUUGAAGAAAGGAAAAAAAAAAAAAUAUAGGUUGAUUUUCUGGUAGAAAAGGUCAAUGGAAAGAGUGAAAGAACGUAUAUACAUUUACAAUCUACACCAUAGUUGGUGUUUUUUUGGCCCUCCACUUUGUUUAAAAGUUUCAGAUGGAAUUUUUAGUGUAGAAACUAGAAAUUGAUGUUACUUAGGGGGCUUUUUUUAAUUUUUUUUUUAAUAAAAAAGUAAAGUAGCCUUGCAAUACUUGUUUUUGAUUUGUUACAUUUUUGUUUUUCUUUUUUAUACUCCUGUCC